GCCCAUGAGCCCUCAGUGCGGGGUAUCUUCCAGCGAGUAGCCCCGCCUUGGAUGGCUGGUUAGAGCAAGUAACCACAUUCAGCAGAUGGCCCUGCACUGUAUCGCACGGAAUCGUUGGUGGCUUGCUUAUAUACGGUAGUUUGCGACUGGGGUACUAUUGCAAUAUAAAUCACAUUCAUCCCAUCCAAAGUCCAGUACACAUCCCUCAAACUUCCACUCCUCACCAUGUCUCAAUCCGAAGCACCUAAAGAUCUGCCUGAGAUGGAGUACCGCUUCGUGGGCAAGAGCGGACUGCAAAUCUCUGCCAUUUCCCUCGGUGGUUGGCUCACAUACGGAGGUCAUGUCGGCGAUGAUAACACUUUCGCCUGUCUCAAGGCAGCAUUUGAUGCUGGUAUCAAUUUCUUCGAUUGCGCUGAAGGAUACGCAAAGGGCGAGUCUGAGAAGGUCAUGGGCCGGGCAAUCAAGCACUUUAACUGGAACAGGAACGACAUUGUCGUCUCUACCAAGAUCUACUGGGGUACUCACAACUCUGCUCUCCCCUCGCCACGCAACAAAAUCAACAACCUUGGGCUAUCGCGAAAGCAUCUCAUCGAAGCAACCGAAGCCUCGCUUGAACGACUCCAACUAAGCUACGUCGACAUCCUCUACGCACAUCGCCCAGAUCGCUACACGCCAAUCGAAGAAACAGUACGCGCCUUCAACUACCUCAUCAACACGGGCAAAACCUUCUACUGGGGCACGUCCGAAUGGCUCGCCUCCGAGAUCGAAGAGGCAUGGGCUGUAGCCGACCGUCUCGGACUCAUCGGCCCCGUUGUCGAACAGCCCGGCUACUCACUGCUCCGCCCUCAGAAGGUAGACCAAGAAUACAAAGACGCAGGCCUCUAUACCCGCCGCGGUCUCGGUCUCACCAUCUUCUCCCCCCUCCAAGGCGGCCUCCUCACAGGAAAAUACGUCGACGGCGUCCCAGAAGAUUCGCGUCUCCGCGUUUCAGACGACCCAUACAUUCAGUCCGUCAUGAAAGGCGUUGGUAGCGAUGCGUGGAACGAGCAACAAGGCAAGAUCAAGAAGCUCAUGGACAUUGCGAAGAAACUUGAUACUGAUGUCGCGACGCUGUCUAUGGCGUGGGUGCUGUCUAACAAGAAUGUCUCCAGCGCUAUUACUGGUGCGUCGCGGCCGGACCAGAUAUAUCAGACUGUCAAGGCGGUUGAUGUUUAUCGCAAGUUGACCAAAGAAAAUCUGGAGGAGAUUGAAGAGGUUAUGGGGAGUAAGCCUGAGGCUCUUACUAUGAGGUUUGGGUAGACUUCACAUGUACGAAGAGACUAUAUGAAAUCGUUGGCGGAUGCAUGUAAACCAAAUCGCUCUGAGAAAUCCAACUUACUGCAUGUGCCAUUCACAUCUGCAUAUAUGGAUGUCUUGUCAACACAACCGAAAGCAGACUAGAUUGAACCAGCUGUGCUACCGCUCAAGAAGAAUCGC